AUGUUGUCUAAAGAACUUAAAAUGGUUCUUGCAUUGAAAAUCAAAGAUAACAAAGAUAAUUUGGGAAGAUAUAAUGUCAAGUUUAAACAGUUUAGGGGAAAAAUUGAAGACAUCAAUCAGCUACGUAGUAGAGAAUGGGAUUAUUUGCGAAAAGCUACAAUUCACAAGUUUUCUAAAAGUCUAAAAACAGGUGCUGAGGGAAUCCAAUUAACAGAAUUGGACAAUGUUGUUUUAGACAUUGUCGAUAGAAAAUCAAUAAAUGUGUCAGGAAUUGAUGUUCCCGAUAAUAAUAUCUCGUUUGGUUCAAGUGAUGAGGUAAUUCCACUCACUUCCAGUCAACCUUCAACAUCAAGUAAAGAAAUUAGGUCAAUUGUCUCCGAACAGUCCUUAACUGCAGCUUCUUUUAUUUCAUCUAUAUCUGGUCCAAGAUUUGAUAAAACAGGCACCUCUCAUUUAGACACUUAUGCUUUUACUGAAUCAAUACUUCAAGAUUCACCUAAAAAAAAAAAAAUAUCAACUGGAGCAUUAAAAAGUCUGAAAAGAAAACAAUCUCGAGAAAGUCUCUUGGUAGAUGGAAAUUUUAAAAAAUUGAAAGUAAGUGUUUUGGGCUUGGAAAAAAAAAAAUUACAAAAAGAGCAAUCUUUAAGACUUCAGCUUUUGAAAUUGGAUGUUGCUCUCAGAAAACAGCAAAUACGAAAAGAGAAAGCUUUAACCAAAUAUUAUACGACUGCAACACAGCUAAUGAAUGAUAAAUUGCCUCUUUCUAACCAACAGCACUUUAUAAAUACAGAAAUGGAAGCAAUCCUUAAGCAGUAAAUUAAAGGGAAGAAAAUAAAUUACGAAUGAAAAUAAAUUUUUGAUUAAUUUUUUUAUUUUCACAUUAAAAAAAAAUAUUGUAACUAUAAUUAACUUUCAUUUUGUUAAAGUAUUUAAUUGUAACCAGUGAACUCUUUGUGUUGCAUUUUCUUAUAGAAACAAGACAAUAACUAGAAUCUUAAUUUAAUAGUAUUUCCUUUAUUAUUUAUCCCCGUGGCCUGCACGGGC